GCGGGAGGCAGUCAUGGCGUGGUGUUGGGGCGAUGGACGGGGCUGGGGUGUUCUCAUCGGAUGAAUGAGCGUGCCCUUUGUGCAUAGGCAUAUGUGGAUAGAUUCAUGGAGGCGAUUUGGACAAGCGAGUGCAUGGAUGCCAUCUGUCAAUUAUCUCUUGACGUCAAUCAAUCUUUUAGUGGACCAGGGGUUGCUGUCCUGUAGUGUGCGCGACUCAUGGCCCGACUUGGUGCCCUCUAGCGAGGUACGCCAGAAAACUGUCAUCGAAAUCGGCUGUGAGCUCCAGGCAGCUCCCCAAUUGACUGUCUCUGCCGACCCAUGACUGCAGCCGGUCUAUUGCUACAAGGACAGAACGCUGCGUGGAGAGUGGGAGAUUCCAGAAGUCCAUGGCAAGGACGCUUAUGUCUUCCAGAAAGGGCAAUGGCCCCUUCAGGACUACAGCAAGGCGGUGCACAGGGAGCGAAAGGCAGCCCUGUACAACUGCACAUAUGGGAAGCUGCAUCGCGUGAAAUCUGCCUACCUCCCCGCAGUGACGCGUACGGACAAGGUAAGCGCUUUCGAGGCUCGAGCGUCUUGCCGACUACAUUUUGACCUCUCCAGAGUGACACACAAUACCCUCCGAGUCGUGAUGAAGACCGCUACAGAAUCGGGGCUAUCGCCGAAGGUGAGCAUAGGAAACAUGCGCCCAGCCACCUGGAUGUACAUGCUAUUGUGACCCGCAGCCAAGAAGCGAGAAGGCAGUUACGGUGAGCCUGCUUACAACGACGCUUAUGAAAUCGACGCCGAGAAGACUACCAACCGGACGUACACACCGCUUUUCGGCCGGUACGAGGAUGGGAUCGUUGUCUUCGAGUACUCCCUCGGCAUCUUCGAUAGUCAAAGCCAGCAGGCACAGACGAUGGCACGGAUGAAUGGGGUCACGAUGGAGGCCCGCGAGGAACAGCCGUGGAAGGUCGAGGCUGUGAUGACGUGCACGUAAGGAGACACACACAGAAUGACGACCCAAAGUCACCUGUGUCUCUGUGUCUCUGUCAUUCGCGGAUUGGUGUCUUGUCUGGGCGAUGGAAGGCUCCCGAUAUUGGCGAAAUGCGCCACGACCAAUGUGGGCUUCAAAAAAUACAACAUCGGCGCUCCAGGCGUUGUUCUCCCUGUUGAGGUGAGGCCGAGGGCCGAGAAGAAGAGCGAACCAGCCUGGCGUGAAUGAUCUUGCAUGAUGUCGUGUGUCGAAGAGGAUUAAAGAAUUCGACAUUUCGGACGAGGAAUCGACUUACUACAAGGACGAAGGAAAAACGAGGGAGCUCCGUAAGCCACGAACUGAGUAGUGGCGCGAGAGGAACGCAGGAAAGAUCUCUCUCUCCCUCUCCCUCUCCCUACGUGUGUGUGUGUGUGCGUGUAUGUGUGUGUCUGUGCGUUUGCCAAUGCAGGGCACCGUCCUGCAAAGAUUGGUGACAAGGAUGAGGCCUGGGCGCUGCACGCUCACAAAGACGCCAUCGAGGAUGCGCUGGAAGAAUCGCCAACGGGAGAGAUCCGAGGCACGAGGCCCAGGAACCUCAAGAGAGCGGCACCGGAGGAGUCGUCGAGCGGCAUGAGACCGAAGAAGAUCAGCCGCUCCGCGCCGGUGGACAGCGGUGAGCCAGGUCUGUACGGAUACCCUCCCGCGCCCGGCUACGAGCAGCUGUCCCCGCUCACUACAUCGCACCGGCCGAUUCCACAGCCCCGCACUCCCAAACACGGCUACAGCCACGAGACAUCGGUGUGAGUGAGAGGAACACCCGCUCCCACCUGCCCGCUGACUCAGAUUCGUUCUCGUUUCUUGUGUGGGAGCUUUCCUUUGCCGCCUGUUGACGGGCGAGGAAAGACACAGAGACGUGCGUGUGCAAUGACGAUGAGACAUACGCAUGGGGCAAACACAUAGAU